GCGAGCGGAGCUAGCCGGUCGUGUCUCCCUCUCGUACUCUCUCUUAUCAUUCAUACUCAGAUUCACAUAAUCUAUUCUGUCAGCUGUCAUUAGUUUUUUUUUAGUAUUUUGUAAUUUUUUUUUUUUACAUACUCCAUUUCUUCAUUUUUUUAUAUUUCGUUUUUUAGUGAGUGAUUUUUUAAUAUUUAUUUAUUGGAUAGUUUUUCAAAGAUAAAAAAAAAUUGAUUAUGGUUUAACACGAGGGAGACAAAAAAAACCGCGAAAAGUGCUCGAGUGUAGUGAAUUUAAAAAGUGCGCGGCUAAAACGGUUUCAUAUUUAAUUGUUUUAUUUUUAAAACCACAAUCGACACUUAAAUGUACCCACGAUAGACAUUUCUUUACUCGAUACCUUCAUAAAAACAUUUAUGUUUAAUUACAAUAUCAGUCAACAAAUAAACUAAAAAAAAAGAAACAAUAAAAAGCAAAAUAAGUUAUAAAUUUAAAAAAAUGUUUCUAUAAUUUAUAACGAUACAAGUGUUUAUUCAACGCUAAAUGUAUAUAUACGGAUAUAUAUAUACACAUAUAUACAUAUAUACAUGAUAAAAUCUUAAAAAUCAUGACUGACGUCUUGUGGACUUGAGAUAUCUCGGAUGUGUAGGAUUAAUUUUAACCCACUGCCAAAUUAUAUUAUUAUUUAUUGAUGUUUAGAAAAUAUAUAUAUUUAUAUAUUUCAACAAUAGAAUGUUUAAGUCAAUUAAUAUGACUAGAAAGAUAAUUAAUAAAUAAUUGACGAUUUAUUGUUUAUAAAUAAAUCAGUUUUUAUUUCAUUUUAUUGAUAAAGACAUUUGAUAGGAUAUAUGUUGACAUAUAAAUAUAUGUAAAAAUGUCGCGAUUAUCAAAUCGUGUAUCGUCUAUCGUAGCAGCUUUGGCGAUUGUUUUUCUCGUAGUGUUUCUCGUGAUACUCUGGACGAGUAUAAAUACCGCAGACACAUCUUAUCCCGGUAAAUCUAAAGUGACUAAUUUUACGGGAUUGCAUCGUAAAUUAAACGACAAUAGACAACGGAUACAUGAGAAAAUAACUGAUCAAGAUUCUGAUGAUAAUAAUGUAGUACCCGAUCCAGAUGUCAAUUCCCAGCAAGAAAAUUCACGAUGGAAAGAUGAUCUUCUGCCUAAGACUAAUGGCGACAUUGAAUACGUCAUACCUAUGAAGAUAAGUUAUAAUCAGUACGAAGAUCCACCCACAGAAGCCACUAAUGCGAGACGUCACCACACUGGGCAUUUUCGACACUCUAAUGCCCAAAUUUGGGACCCGCAUCCGCAGUAUGAAUUCACAGCUUUCGGUGAAAAAUUUCAUCUCAAGCUUAAACAUGACAAUAGUUUUAUUUCGCAAAAUAUUAAGGUGACUCACACAAGUCAAAACAAAACUAAGUGGGAACAUCCAGGUCACCAGCUGGGAUGCUACUACACGGGUGUCGUUGAUGGUGAUCCUAAAUCCAUCGUUUCUGUCAGUUUAUGCCACGGAAUGACUGGGCAUAUGAAAACAUCGAGUGGUAGUUACAUUAUCAAGCCAACGACAAAUUGGUCGAGAGACAAAGACACCUCUGCCAGUAAAUCGUCAUUUGAACAUGCAAUCUAUCGCGUCUCAGCAACACGUACUCGUUCUAAUAAUGUCGAUUUGCCAGAUGAAGUAGGUCACAAUUGCGGAUUAAUAGAUUAUGACCAAGAGGAGGCCCCGACGCCCCUGAUAGACGAUAGUCCCAGUGGUAAAAUUUAUGUCGGAGAUCGUAGACGUGAAAGACGCUCACUGUCUGAAAAAAAUUUCAUUGAUUACUAUCCAAUUAGAGAUAACGAAGAAGAGAGCUUUCGCAGAUUAAAAGAGUUUACGCGACAUGAGAAAAAAUACUCAAACCAAAACCAAUUGUAUGAUAGGUAUAAAAAAAAUAGAGAGGAUGAAGAUGACGAGGACGAGGAACAGGAAGACUUUGAAGAUGAAGAAGAGAUGAGGGAAAGGUACGGCGAUAAUAGCAGAGAUUCGACGGACAUGUUCGCGAGCUGGAGAUCAAGGCGCGCACUUCCGAGGGAGUAUUUCAUCGAGAUCAUGGUGGUCGCUGAUGACAAAAUGGUCGAAUAUCAUGGCAGUAACCUCGUUGAAUACAUUUUCGUACUUAUGAGCACGGUAUCGAGAAUUUACAAGGAUCCAUCAAUAGGAAAUCCAAUAAGUAUUUCGCUAACAAAAAUAGUGAAAACGAAUGAAUUAUUUGGCACUAAACACAGCGGCACUGACGGAAUCGCUGCUGCGGAAAUGCUCAAGAGAUUUUGCUACUGGCAGAAACAUAAUAACCCGGAUGAGCCAUCGCCCGAGCAUCACGACGCGGCGCUUCUUCUAACGAGAGAAAAUUUAUGCCACAAUCCGGGACAAAGACGUUGUGACACGUUGGGUCUAGCAGAGUUGGGUAGGAUGUGCUCACCAGGAUCUUCAUGUGCAAUCGUCCAGGAUAACGGUCUGGCUGCAGCCUUCACAAUCGCCCACGAGCUUGGUCAUGUCUUCAAUAUGCCCCAUGACGACGACACGCGUUGCGCGAAAUUCCGUAAUCGCUCGCGUGUCCACAAAGUAAUGUCUCGAAUGCUGGACGACAACACAUUUCCUUGGGAAUGGUCCAAGUGUUCAAGGCACUACGUCACCGAGUUUCUAGAAGCGGGCUACGCAAACUGUCUGCUUGAUGAGCCCAGAGAUAUGAUAAGAUCCGAUGCGGGUCGACUACCUGGUGAAGAUUACUCCGAAAACAAACAAUGCGAGCUUGUUUUCGGCCCAGGUUCGAAAAUAUGUCCUCACAUCGAGAUUGAUGUGUGCAAGAGACUGUGGUGCACCGCACCAUCCUGGAACCAUCAGCCCCAGUGUCACACCCAGCACAUGCCCUGGGCAGACGGAACUCCUUGUGCAUUUGGGAUGUGGUGUCAUCGUGGUGAAUGUGUUUCCAAGCGCGAUUUGAUACCAAUAGAUGGUCAAUGGGGCGAAUGGGGCCGUUACGGGGAGUGUUCAAGGACCUGCGGUGGCGGAAUAAAAGCCAAGCGCCGUGAGUGCAACAACCCGUCUCCCCAGAACGGUGGGAACUAUUGCGUUGGCGAGCAUGUUAAGUACCGUAGCUGCGGGACCAAAGAAUGUCUUCCCGAUUCUCCAGAUUUUCGUGAAGAACAAUGCGCAAUGUGGAACAACAACAAUCAUAAUGUACAGAGUUUAUCACGUGACGUUAAAUGGCACGCUAAAUAUAUUAAAAUUCCGCAAGAAGAUCGUUGCAAACUAUACUGCCAGGUUGAAAGUAAUCAGUAUUACAUGCUAAAAGACAAAGUGAUAGAUGGUACACCCUGCGGACCCGACACCUUUCAUAUUUGCGUUAACGGGCAUUGCAAACAAGCGGGAUGCGAUCAUGUUCUCAACUCUACGGCCGAAUUGGACACAUGCGGAGUUUGUCGUGGUGAUAAUUCCACUUGUCAGCGAAUCACGGGUGCUUACAAUUCCAGUGGAGUCUACGGAUACAGGAAAGUCACUAAAAUUCCAGCUGGAAGCAGCUAUAUUGAUAUACGGCAACUUGGAUGGGGAGGCCUACACAACGACAGCAACUAUCUUGCUUUGAGGCUUGGCGAAGACGGAGAGUAUAUUCUUAAUGGAAACUACAUGGUGAUGCACAAGAAAGUUAUUGUUCUUCCUGGUAUCGCUAUUGAGUACAGCGGACCUGGGACUGUGGUCGAACGAUUGAAUAGUUCAAGGCCCAUUGGGGUUGAUUUGAUACUCGAGAUUCUAUCAGUCGGUGACAUAGUGCCACCUCAAAUAACAUAUGAGUACACAGUACCAAAGAGAAUACUUGGUAGUUAUACUUGGAUUUUAAGUGACUGGUCAUCAUGCAGCCACAUGUGCAAGGGUAAUAAGCAGCGUCGCGCGGAAUGCCGCAGUACUGAACAUAAAGACGUCGUGUCUGAUGAUUAUUGCCGUCGUGAAGAACGGCCUCAGGAAGAGUCUCAAUUAUGUAAUACCCAUUGCAUACUUCAAUGGCAAUUGACACCAAAAUCUGAGUGCUCGAAACAUUGCGGGCCGGGCACACAGAUGGUAUCAAGUCGCUGUGUUCAAGUUAUUUUAAAUUCUCCAAAUCAAUCACCUAGACCACUACCGCCUUACGCGUGUGCUCAUUUGGAUCGUCCGAGUGAUCAGCGGCCUUGUGUUGGCCCUUGUGAUGACGUCCGCUGGUCUUACAGUGACUGGGGCGCAUGCAGCGCUACUUGUGGUGGCGGUGUUCAAAUUCGUACUGCCAAUUGCAUUGAUUCUAAUGGAAAUCAAGUACCGGAAAAUAAAUGCAAUGCGUCGGAAAAAAUUUUGAAACGUUUCUGUAAUUCUGAGCCCUGUCCUCAAUGGAGUUUCGGUGAAUGGUCACCAUGCUCAACAUCGUGUGGUAUAGGCAAUCGUUUGCGUUCAUACUGGUGUCAGGUUGAAAACCGCAUUGUAAAUGAAAUAUACUGCAAUGAUUUACCGUCAGCGGUAUCAGAAAUAUGUAACGCCGGACCAUGUCAUCACUGGUCUACGGGUGAAUGGAGUUCAUGCUCGGUCACGUGCGGCGAAGGAACUCGCAGAAGAAAAGUCGCAUGCAUGAAUGCCGAUGGUACUUCUAGUGACUCUUGUGCUGCAUCUGAAGAACCAGAAAGCUUUCAAACUUGUUCACGUGAUCCUUGUCCCACUGCAAGCUCGCCACCUACCAUUUAUAAUUCUGACCCGACUCAGAGCGAAUCAUUAGAUCAAGAAAACGAAAUAGACAGCAACCGUAUUCCUAUUUAUCCUAUUUAUGUUUGGAGAACUGGAACAUUUGGCGAAUGCUCAAGAUCAUGCAACGGUGGUUUCAAAAAUAGAAUAGUACAGUGUAGUUCACCAGACACUCAUACAUCUGCUCCGGAUGAUUACUGCGAUAUUAAUCUGCGUCCGGCAAGCAGGAUGCCGUGUAAUCGUCAUGCAUGUCCACUUUGGAAUACCGGACAUUGGAGUCAGUGUGACGCUGAUUGCGGUGAAGGUUACCAACAUCGACAAGUUCGUUGCCAAAGUCCACGUGGUGAAAUAGUACCCGAUCGAGAAUGUAAUACUAUCGAUAAACCUAAACACGUUAAAAAAUGUCGGAAUGAUUUAGAUUGCGUGACCAAUAAUCACCAUAAUCAUCAUAAUCAUAAUAAUAAUGGCAAGAAUAAUAAUAACAAUAAUUACAAUAAUAACAAUAAUAAUAGCAAUUCAAAAGGGCAAUCACGCAGAUGGCGAGUCUCUAAUUGGACUCCAUGUUCAAAGUCAUGCGGAGGUGGAAUAAAAGAAAGGAGAGUCGAUUGUAUAAUAAGGUGGUUAAAUGGAGAUAUGAAGGAACAAAAGGUUAAUGAUGAGGAGUGUACGAGAUUCGGUUUUAAUAAACCAAAAACACAGAGACCGUGUCAGAGGAUACCAUGUGACUUUACUUGGAAGGAGGGUAGCUGGUCUGAGUGUUCAGCAGAUUGUGGCGACGGAAUACAAAGACGUGCAGUAUCAUGUCAUCGUAUUAAUCGUUACGGUUGGAUAGAUCCAUCGCCAGCAGACGGUUGUCCUUUAGAUAAAAAACCUAAAAGUGAACAGCAUUGUAAAUUACAAGAGUGUGACGAUAAAUAUUAUUGGACUGCUGGUUCAUGGAGAAAAUGUAGUCAUCCAUGCGGUAGAAAAGGUCGUCAAAUACGUCGAUUAUUUUGUCACGACAGAACAGGCAAACGUGUAGCAAGAUAUAAUUGUCCAAUUGAAUUCAAGCCCCAGAGAAAACGUAAAUGUAAUCAGCGUCGUUGUGGCCCUCUGACAUGCCUCGAAGCACAGCGACGUCUUAAAUCAACCAAAGACGGCGAAUACACCUUACUUAUUGGUGGUAAAAAUAUGUCCAUUUUUUGUCAUCACAUGGCAACCAAUGAACCGAGAGAAUAUCUCACGUUACCGGCCGGCGAUAGAGAAAAUUACGCCGAAAUUUAUGAUAAAAGACUAAAUGAUCCAAACACUUGUCCGUUUGAUGGCCAACGGAACGAUAGUUGUGAUUGUUUCGAUGAUCGCGGCACAGUUUCUGGUAGAACGAUGUUCAAACGAGUGAGGAUCGAUGUCGCAAAACUUAUUAUUAUAGCAAACGAUUACACAUUUUCCUGGACGAAAGGAGCAAAGAGAGUUGAAUACGGCAAAGCUGGUGAUUGUUACAGUCGACAGGAUUGUCCGCAAGGAAGGUUUAGUAUAAAUUUAAGCGGCACGGCGCUUAAAUUGGCUAGUGAGGUUACAUGGAAGCCAGAAAAGUCACGUGCACAUCUUGCCAUUAAUAGAAUUACGGACCAGAGAAUACUAGGUAAAUGUGGCGGAUACUGCGGUUUCUGUUCACCCGCAAUGGAUAUAAAACUAGAUAUAUCUCCGUCUUAGUUACAGUCGAUAAAAAAAUAAAUUCUUGUUAUAAAACAAACUAAAUAAAUUUUCUUAAAAUAAACAAACAAAUAAAUAAAUCACCGACUGAUCGGCUUGCCAUCGUUACAACGCAAGUCCAUUUGCCCGAAGAUCUUAAUAAUAAUUUAUAAUUACAACCACAACAAUAUUCUAAAUAAUUGUUGUCAAUUAUCCAUCAGAUCUUCAUACUUUAGUAUUAAUAACUUAUUAAUUUAAUUCAAUACAAUACUUAAUAACUAUUAAUCCGUAAUUAAAACGUAUUAAUACUAUUUAUAAUUAAUUAAUUACUAUUCUUUUUUUUUUUUUACUAUAAGUCGAGUUCCCGAUACUUAAGAGUUUUUUUUAUAAAAAUAAAUCAUCAAUAAGCUCUCUAAUUUUUUAAACAUAUUAUUAAAUAAUGAUAAUAAUACAUAUUAUUAUUAUUAGUUAUAUAUUAAUGAACUCACUGCCAUAUUUACACAUGCGUGCCUUAAUUAUUUUUUUAUAUUACACGCAGUAAAAAAAAAAAAAAAAGAAAAAAUAUUUAGUAAAUUUAUUAUUAUUUACAUAUUAGUAAUGGUAUUAAUAGUUAAAUAAUUGUCGACAAAAAGUGGUAACUAUAAUGAAGUUAUCUCAUUUAUUUUUAUUUUCCGCGGGUUACUCUGGCAAAUUCGAAUUACGUAAAUACCGUAAUUUAACGUAUUUUACGUUAUUUGAAAAUAAUAAGAAAAAAGCACACCUUGUGGUAAAAUACGAUAUUUUUGGGACAAUGCCCGGAAUUUUACUGCUGCAAUAUUCUACUUCAAAAUUACUGUAUUUUACCGCAAAAAUACGGUAUUUUAGGGCUAGAGUACGGUAUUUAACUGCCAAAGUACGGUAUUAUAACCGUAAUUUGCGGUAUUUAAAAAAAUUACAGCAUUUUGCAAUACACGCACGGCAUUCUACGGCAAGAAUGUGGUAUUUGUACCGUAUUUUAUGGUAUUCGGAAGAAUUUUGGGGUAAAGUACGGUAAUUAACUACACGGACACGGUAUUUUUUACCGCAAUUUACGGAAUUCAUACGGUCAUAUGGUAUUUACUGCAAAAUUACGGUAUUUUAGGGCUAGAGUACGGUAUUUAACUGCCAAAGUACGGUAUCAUAGCCGUAAUUUGCGGUAUUUAGAAAAAUUACAGCAUUUUGCAGUACACACACGGUAUUCUACGGCAAGAAUAUGGUAUUUGCACCGUAUUUUAUGGUAUUCGGAAGAAUUUUGGGGUAAAGUACGGUAAUUAACUACACAAGCACGGUAUUUUUUACCGCAAUUUACGGCAUUCAUACGGGCAUAUGAUAUUUACUGCAAAAUUACGUUUUUUUUACGGCAUAAGAAUGGUAUUUUUACCAUAAAUUACUGCAACAGUUUCGAAUACUGUAAUUUGGAUCUGCCAGGGUAAUAAAAAACGUUACUAUAAUAAAAAAUAAAUUUUGAAAAAAAAAAAAAAAAAAUUAUAAUAGUGUCCCAAUUUAAAUAUUUUUUAACCGAAAAAUAACGAGCGUACUUCUAAAUAAUUACCAAAAAAAUGUACCUAAUUGAUCGUAGAACAAUUGAGCUAAAGGUUAACUUUAAAAAAAAGGUAAUUAAGACGAAAAUUGAAAUAGUAAUAAUAUUAUUGUUAUUAUCUUUGAGAAGCACACGUGUGGUUAAAUUAUAAGUCAUAGGCAGUAAUCACACGUCAGAAAAUAAUAACAAUAAUAAUAAAUACAACAGCAAUAACUAUAACUAUAAUUACAAAUAUUGACGUUUGUAUGAACAAUUAACUAUAAUAAUAAUAAUGAUUUUUUACCGACUUAUAUAUUCGACACGAGUGAUAUUAAUUAUCUGGAGGAAAAAAAUUCUUAUCUCUAAUGUCAAUUUGUUUUAUUUUUCCGCUGAAAAAAAAAAAAAGAUAAAAAAAAACAAACUAUUAUCCUGUAUACCGAAUAUAAUAUUUAAUAAAAUAUCUAAUGUUAUGAUUUAUACAAUUUAAUAAUAAUAUUACUGUUAUUAUUUUAAAAUAUAAGAGUAUUUAAUACGUCUAUAAUAUAAAUUCAAAAUUUUUUACUUGCAAGUCUGACUAGUGGUUUAUUAACAAACUUUGUAAUUUAAAUUUAUUUAAGCCUUUACUUUUGUAUCGUA